AUGCCCCGAGCGGGCGUAUUUUGGAAACAAUACCGCGAGGUGCCGAGUGGCCUCCUCCCGCGCCAGCCCGCGCCCGCUGCCGCCGCAGCCCUUUCCCGCGGCUCCCGCCACCCUCCGCAGCCCGCUGGGCUUUUCCCCUCCUUUCCAAUCGAGUCUGGGCGCCGCCCCCGAGUGCUCGUCACGCUGGACCCUGGCGCGGAGCCCUGGCAUCACGACUCGGAGGCCGAAACUCUCUCCUGGAGUCACCCAGGGGAGAUGAUGGAGCCGCCUCAGUGUGUGGAGGAGCUGGAGGAUGAUGUUUUCCAACCAGAGGAUGGGGAGCCGGGGACCCAGCCUGGGGACUUGCUCUCUGCCGACCUGUUUGCCCAGAGACAGCUGGACUGCCCCCUCAGCCGCCUUCAGCUCUUCCCUCUCACCCACUGCUGUGGCCCUGGGCUCCGACCCACCAGCCAGGAAGACAAGGCCACCCAGACCCUGAGCCCAGCCUCCCCAAGCCAGGGUGUCAUGCUGCCUUGUGGGGUGACCGAGGAACCUCAGCGACUCUUUUAUGGCAAUGCUGGCUACCGGCUCCCUCUCCCUGCCAGUUUUCCUGCAGGCUUGCCUCUUGGGGAGCAGCCCCCUGAAGGGCAGUGGCAACAUCGAGCAGAGGUACAGAUUGCCCGAAAACUUCAGUGCAUUGCAGACCAGUUCCACCGGCUUCAUAUGCAGAGGCACCAGCAGAACCGAAAUCGUGUGUGGUGGCAGGUUCUCCUCUUCCUACACAACGUCGCUCAGAACGGAGAAGAGAACAGGAACGGGGCAGGGCCUAGGUGAGGCUGGGCUGCCCUCUCCAUGUGGGGCACCAGGAGCAGGAUCUGAAUCAGCAAGGACAUCGGGGGUGACUGGCACUGCGUCUUGUGAAGUUGUUUUUUGUUAUUGUUUUGUGUUUUGAUUUUUAAAAUUUUUCCCUGUGUACAUACAUAAGACAUACCCAUACGGGACCUUCUUUCCCCAUUCAGGGCCUUGCCCAGGAAUGGGGGAUGGGGGGUGGCUUUGUCAAACACUGCUGAGGGGAAAGCUGAUGUAUCUGUGAUGGUGGAACCUCCCAAGGGGUCUGACCAGUUGCCGAAGAUGACCAGUUAGUGAUGUUCUCCCGGGAGUGGACUGUAGCUUUUCCCCCAGGAACUUGGUUAAGAGAAUGGAGACUGGGUUAGACUCCCCGUUCCAUCACACCUAUCAGCCUUCCACAUCCAUGAUCUCGAUGGUAAGGUAACACUGCUUUACCCCCAGGGCCUCGGUCAGGGACCUUCCAGCAACGUCACUAGGCUGGCCAGCCAGCUCCAUGUCUGGGUUCUGAUUUGGCCCAGUCGGUGCCCACCCCAAGGGCUCAGGGAUUCUUGCCAGACCCUGUCAUCUCCAGCAGACCUCAGGGAGGGUUGGGUUUCUCCAAGGACCCCUCAAACAUGCCGCAAAGUGACCCAAACUUCUGGGCAGGCCUCGAAUCUGACCUGGUCCCAUUUGGAGGCCCUAGAAUUGGUACUGAGGUACAGAGCCACUGUCACCUCUGACUGCCUAGGACCAGCUGGGUGCCAACCAUGGAUGAGCUGAAUAACCAAAGUGCUGCAGCUAGCAGCUUUGUGCCUUUGUCAGCUCCUUUCAAAAGACCCAGCCACCAAAAUGCACUUCAUCCCCAGCAUCAGAACUGUAGGACAUAAAGGGACAGGUCUGCAGUGGGGCUGGGAAAUGUGGCGGCCAUCCCACCUAUAAAUAAAAGUCAGCCCUAGAGGAACCCAGACCCCUUGGUUUCCUUGGAAACAAUGUACCUCCUCCUCCUUAGCCCCAUUCCUUUUUCACACUUAGUGGGAUACAGGAAGAAGCCAGGGCAGUGGUUUUGUCAGCUAAAAUGUGUCUUUUAGACUAACAGACAGUGAUUAGAGUACGGAGCCAUCAAAGCUGGGGACACGUUUCCUGUCUUUUUCCAGCUAGGCUAGAAAGACAUGCUCUGGAACUCAGCAGGAUCACAACUGCCUCUGAACUUCUUCCCUUCUCUCCCUGCUGUGGCACUAAUGGAGAGAAUUUAAAGCAGCCGGUCUGGCAUCUCCGAUAGCAGACCUGUCUGAAAAGACACAGGGAACUGGUUAACCAGACAUCUGGAAUUUAAUAAUAAUUUUUGUAUAUCUAAGAAAAGACAGCAUUGGUGCUAAAGAUAAAGCAAGAUCCAAAAAAAAGUGGCUUUCCUGGGCAGAGAAGGGUGUGUGUGGAGGGGGAUGGCUAUCCAAGGAAACUGGAAGAGGAGACCAGAAUGGAUUCUCAAGUCUGAAUGAGCCUAAGCUCCUCUGAUUCUGCAGAGAAGAGGUCUUAAGUGCUGUUGAAGGAGGAAUUGAUCUUCUGGAUGUACAGUUGUACAGGUUGUUCACUGCACAAGGACACCUGCAGAGGGAGCUGGUGGAGGCUAAAAUCCAGCCUGUACGUUGCCCACUGAGCUGUGUGUCCUUGUGUGGGCUGCGCCUGCUCAGAGGAAGGGAUGCCUUUUCCUAAUUUGCACAAAGGUGCCGCCACAUGGGCUCACAGUGGCCCUGAGGAGAAGGACCUCAAACUUUGCCUAACCCUUUAUUUUGCUUCCCUUGGAUAUUCUGAAGGUAUUACCUCUUGUUGGCCAGAAUUAUAUUCUCAGGGUGUGUACCAUGGUUUGUCUACUAAGAAGGUGGGUUCUGGCAUACAAGAAGCAGGAGCCCAGGGAACAGGCAAGAAGACUGGCUCUGGGACACACUGACCAUUGUGAAAUCCAGCCUUCCCUGCGGGUCUCCAUACCAUUUUAUGACGUGUGUAGGGAAUGUAUCUUUUCCCUUUUCCUGGACCGAAGCAGGCUGUUGGCAGAUACACGGAAGAAAACCAGGAUUACGUAUACUGGCCACUUUCAACCCCUUUUUGCAGACUUUCCACCUGAGCUGAGUGAGAGAACAAAUGGUCUAGGCCUUGGUGCUGAGACAAAGCCAUUAGCUUCAGAGACCUGGCUAGACCCAGGGGGUAUUCCCCGUGGCCUGUCCUGAGACCCGAGUCCUGUUUGGCAAGCCCACCUGAGCACCGAGCCUGGGGCUGGGUGGAGAGCUGUUUGUCUGACUGCACUGUUCCCAUCUAAUGAGAGGCCAGGAACUAACUCACUAUCCUUAGGCAAGCCAGGGCAAAAUCCAACACCCACCCCCUUAUAACCUACACUCACCCCACCCCCACACCCCAUCCCCAAAACAAGACAAAAACCAAAAUACCCAGGAGGUAACUAGCAGAGUAGCUCCAGGAGGGAGAGAAGUUCCUCCUGACUGCUUGUUUUUGAUAGGCCUAAUGAUCUAGACUGGCCCCUUUUCCCUUCGCCUGGCGAGUUGUCUUCAGUAUUCCUCAAGCCCAGCCUCAGGAGAGACACCCCUCCCCCGGGGUCCCCACUCCCCACCUCUCCACCCCCAGGAGCCUGGCUGUCUCCAGAGAGGGGUUGGGGGAUCAGGUUUGGAGGGAGGGAGCGGCUGACUGGGGCCCUGACCUGUAGCCAGCUGAAGACGUGUGGGGCGGCUUGCUGGGGGUGGGGAGGCGGGGGUGGAGGGGGACUGAAAAUCUCCCUCCUCUUUGUAGAGGCCCUGGAGGAAGGGAGACCUGACAUGCACGUAACAGCCCUUCUAAUUCAGAACCCCAGAGUAGGGGUUUCUAGAAGCCGGGAGGCAGAUGGGAGGUGGGGGAUUGGGCCCACCCCGGGCCCCACCUCUCGCUCCCCAGUCGAGGUUGGAGGAGCGGCUCUGCCGCGCCUCUGUCGCCCCCGCCUGUUCCCGAGUCUGGGCCGCGGCGGCAACCUUGUCUUGCUCAAUCCGAGGUGGAAAAAGAUCACCUCUCGGUGACCUUCCUCAGCCCCUGGGGGAAUGGGUCAGUGUCUAGAGCUUCUGUGGCCUGUUCCGAGAGCUCAGAGGGGCUUGGCUGAUCUGUCUCGCCCUCCCCUCUGCAUGGCUCCGGCCUGGGCCCGGCGGUGGGGGGCGUUUGGGGUGAUCCCGCCAGGGCCGUGGCCUUUGGGAAAGGAGUGGGGGAGCCACCGUGACUGUCCUGCUCAGCCGGGAGCACGCUCCUCCAGGAAGGGGGCGUUUGUCUCUUUUCGGGAGACUUGGGGGGGAGGGGCAGGGAGAGUAGAGAGCAGCAGAGACCUGCAAAUCAGUGCUGCGCUGGAGGAAGCUGCAGGGUCCCUCCAUGUGUAGGUGGAGUCCCUUUGUGGGAGGGGUUAACCUAUCAGCCUGGGAAGCCUCGGGAGCACUGCAGGCAGUGGGUGGCCUUAGAGCUGCUGGGGACUUGUAGCCUUCAGAGAACAGCGAAAAAAAAAAGUUGAGCUCUUGCGUGGAUGCGCUGUGGUCCAGAGCCGCAGGUGCUGCAAGCUCCUGGGCCUACACUGCCCCUGUCUGUAGGUGGCCAGAGCUGUCCCUGCUCUGUGAGCUAGUGCCCAGCAGUCUGCCCGAUCCCUGGGUCCCCAGGAGCUGUCCAGGGGGAGACCCAGUGAGAAUGUAGCAUUUUGUUCAUCCCCUGGGUUACUUGCCCUGGAGUCUCCGGACUUUGCCUCUGGGAGAGGGACAGGGAAAGAGAGGACUUCCCCCUCACCUUUUUUUUUUUUUUUUUUUUUUGUAAUCUGUACAGAGUAUUUGGAUUUAUAUUCUUCACAUGCAUGUAUGUGUAUGUGUGUAUCUUUUUCCCCAGUCAAUUGGUACAAUUUUUAAUAAAACUGUUUAAAGAAA